AUGGCGGCAAAUGUUCCACCCUUGAAAGGGCUCAAAGUCCUCGAGUUGGGAGGUCUCGCACCCUCACCAUUCGCAGGUCUGAUUUUAGCCGACUAUGGCGCCGACGUGGUCAGAGUCGACCGGCUUGUCACGCCAUUCGGCCCUCCUCGCGACACACUAUGUCGUCACAAACGCUCGAUAGUAAUCGAUUUGAAACACGACACCUCACGUCGCGCAUUCUUAGAGCUCGUCAAAGUUGCCGACGUGCUCAUCGACCCAUAUCGCCCCGGCGUAAUGUCCCGUCUGGGUCUCGGUCCUGAGACGCUGCGGCAAAUCAAUCCCAGGCUGAUCUACGCACAUCUACACGGCUUCCGGCCGGACGGCAUGUAUGGCAAGCGAGCGGGCCACGACAUCAAUUACUUGGCCGUCUCUGGGAUAUUGUCUCUCCUGGGACGAAAGGGCGAAAAGCCUGCGCCGCCGUGUAACAUCCUAGGCGACUUUGCGGGCGGAGGUCUCGUCUGCGUGACGGGCAUCCUCAUGGCGCUACUUCAUCGCUCGGUCACGGGCCAAGGACAGGUUGUCACGGCAAAUAUGGUUGACGGGAGUGCUUAUCUUGCAACCUUCCCUAGGCAGCAGUUGGGACACACCAAUAUGGAUAAGCCGCGGGGCGAGAAUCUGUUGGAUGGCGCCGCGCCGUUUUAUGAGGUAUAUGAGACGAAAGAUGGCAGGUUCGUCGCCGUAGGAGCACAGGAGCCCCAAUUUUUCAGUCUGCUUUUAGCCGGGCUAGGGUUGGAGGAGAAAGAUCUGCCGAAGCAGUGGGACCGGGAGAGAUGGCCGGAGUUGAAGGCUGUUUUUACGGAGGUGUUUGCUCGGAAGACGAUGGUGGAGUGGCGCGCUGUGUUUGAUGAUACCGACGGUUGUGUCUCGCCGGUGCUUGAGAUGGGCGAGACCGAGAGGCCAUAUAAGCCGCUUGUCGAGAUGUCUGGGUCACCGAGCUUAAAUGUCGAUGUGCAGGAGGAUUACCCUGAGUUGAAGAAGGGGGAGGGGUGUCAAGAGGUCUUGCACGAGUGGGUACCGGGGCUGGAGAAGGCCAUGGACGUUGAUGCUACGUCGAAGUUGCUAACUCUGGCGAGGGCCAAGUUAUGA